AAAAUGCUUUCAGACGAGUUUGAAAUUAAAAAUCAAUUGGAGGCAUUAAAUUCAACAUUAGAAUUAUGUUUUCCAACUAUAUCAAAAAAAAAAAAAGAUGCUCUUACUUUUAGUGAAUUAUUGUCUAAUAAUAAAAAUUGUUUUCAAACCGAAAAAAAAAAAUUUUUUGUUUCAAACAAAAAUGACGUAAUCUACUUAUGUAGUAAAAACCAUCAAUUGAAAAACAUAUCUUCCAAGCUAAAUAAUUUCUCGAUGUAUCGGGAGUGGAAAAAACAAAAAGUUGUUGUGGAAAAUUUGAGACAUGACAUUAAUGUUUUAUUCAAUAUAUCAAGACAAAAUAAAGUAAAACAUCAGAUAAAUAAUUUGAAGUACCAGCGCAACAUUAUGAAAACGAAGAAAAAUAGAAGUUUUCAUGCUUGUUUGCUGAUGAGAAGUUAUAACAAUAAUAAGAAAGUUAGUUCUACUAUCAAAAUUGAUCAUUGGUUAAAGAAAAAAGAAAACGAAAUUAAUACCGAAAAAGCUGCAGAAGUUAUUCGUAAGAACGCUGAUAUGAUUCUUUUUGAUGUAAGAACCAAACGCACAGGCACUAAAAAGUUUUUAUCCCUUUUACACGAAUUAAGAAAUUUGAGAAAAAUCAAACGUACGCAUAUGGAAUUACAAGAAAAUAUAACUAUCGAUAGAGCUGAGAAAGUUUUUAACUCUAUAAUUGAUAGUUUGAUGAUCCAAUGGAUAACUCUCGAUAAAGAGUAUUUUAUGGAAGAAACAGGCUUAAAGUUAAUGAUUGAAAGUAACAAAAGAAAGCAGUUACAUGAAAAUGAAAAAAAAAAAUCAUGCAAGUGGCUGUCCCUUUUAUUUCAGAACUGUUCAUUUUGUAAAUGUCAAGUGAAAAAUUUAAAAAUCAUUAUUUUUUUAAGGAUUAUUUGGGAUACCUUCUUCAACUCUGGUCAAGGUCUAAAGAUACCCAUUGGUUGGAUUAUUCCCUCUCAACCUUACAUUACUGCUUGGACGAAAUGUACUGUUAAAAAUAAAGUAUUUACUUAGA